AUGCCUGGUCAUGAAUAUCGUGCUUAUAUUAAUGAAGAUAAAAAACAAAUGAAAAUUAAUAAACAAAAAGAAAGAACAAGAUUAAUUAAAAAUGAAGAAGCAUCUCUCUUUGCUUUUUGUGUUGCAUUGUUAUCUCAAUAUUUUAAAAUUGAAAUUGGACUUCCACAUACUCAUUCAACAAAAACAGUUCAAUUUGCAAAUAUCAAAAAAUUAUAUUAUGAAAAUGAUUAUCUCAAUGUAGAAGAUUUUGUCGUUAAUAAAUUACAAGAACUUGCUGAACUAGAUAGAAAGGACAAUAUUCCUGAAUCAACUAUAUCAAGAAGAGUCCAAGAAAGACGUAGAAAAAUAAUGAAAGAAUUUUUAGAAGAUUUAUUAUUUGAAUAUGGCAUUAUCUUUAUCGAUAGUACUAAUAGAGUUACUACCAUUAAUAGAACAAGUAUUUGUACAUAUAAACUUAAACAAUUUAACCAUGAACAUGUUAUGGUAAAUGGAAGAAAAAUUGCUGAAAUGAUAGAAGAAAAAGUUAAUAAAGAAAGAAAUUGCUUUUUUGAAAAGAAUGAUUUUGAUCAUUUUCCUGUACAAAUACGAUACUAA